UAUAACUUGCGCGCUACGUGGCGGAAGGGCCCUGGCCGGGAAUCGCUUCUUUAGCGGGGCAGCACAAAUUUAGCUCGAGCGCUGGUGGUUUUAGACGCUGGAGGGAGCGAUGGCGGAGGCAAAGAUCGGGCAGAGUACGUUCUUCUUUCCCUCUCGAGCGAGCAUCACCAUGCUAGCUCGCUUGAUCGUCCUCGUGCUGCUGGUCUUAGCUCUUGGCGCAGGCUCCUCGUCUCAUGGAGAAGGCAGUCACGCCGAGAUGACUCCACUGCAGAAGCACGUCGCGUUUUUCGAUCGAAAUGGCGAUGGUAUCGUUUAUCCGUGGGAGACGUACACAGGAUUUCGAGCUCUGGGAUUUAACGUCCCCACCUCGUUUUUCGCCAUGGUUGCUAUCAACGGUGCUUUGAGCUAUCCAACUCUUGAGAGCUGGAUUCCCUCUCCAAGAUUUCCCAUCUAUGUGAAGAACAUCCACCGAGCAAAGCAUGGAAGUGACACGGGAGUUUAUGACCAUGAAGGCAGGUUCGUCCCUGCUCACUUUGAACAGCUCUUUGCAAAAUUUGCAGGAACGCACCAGGAUAAAUUGUCUCUCAAGGAGAUCAUGGCUAUGACUCGGAGCAAUCGUGAUGCUCUUGAUUUUUUUGGAUGGUCUGCAGCAAAGCUAGAAUGGGGUGCUGCCUUCCAAUUGGUGAAGGAUGAAAACGGAUAUGCUUCUAAACAGUCUAUCAAGGGAAUUUAUGAUGGCAGUUUGUUUUAUGAUGUUGAAAUACAUUUGAAAACCAAAAGAAAUAAAAUUUGAAAUGAAACUUUUUAU